AUGUUUUACGUUGUGAUAUUUGUCGCUUUGGCUGCUUUAACCGUCUACCGGUUUCUUCAUCAGCGUCGCAAGUUGCUGCGGUUUACUCGACACUUCGGUGGUCCGAUUCCGCAUGCUUUCCUCGGCAAUUUGCAGGAAUUUCAAACGGAUAUCCCAGGUAUCUUCAAGCGGAUGGUGGAGCUGCACGCCGAAAACGGAUCGGACAUCGUUACUUGGGGUGUUGGGAAUGACCUAAUGCUUAACGUAAGCAGUGCGCACAGUGUAGAGAGGGUGCUUAUGGCUAAAGCUACGCAAAAGUCCACGAUUUAUGACAAUAUUGAACCAUGGCUAGGUAAAGGAUUGCUGAUAUCGGCUGGUGAAAAGUGGUUUCAUCGAAGAAAGAUUAUUACACCGACGUUUCAUUUCAAAAUUCUGGAAGGUUUCACCGAAGUGUUCAAUCGAGAGGCAGACAUUUUGAUGCGUAAGCUGAGCCAGCAUGGCUCAGCCGAAGAGUUUGAUGUUUAUGAUUACAUAUCGCUGUAUGCACUGGACAGCAUUUGCGAAACAUCGAUGGGUGUUCAGAUCAAUGCUCAGAAGGAUCCAACAAAUCAGUACGUGCGUGAUGUGAAGCGAAUGAGUGAAUUGAUUCUGUUACGAAUAUUCAGUCCAAUCAGCUACUAUCCUGCGCUUUAUUGGUAUGCAGUUCCAAGUGCGUGGGAGCAACGUAAACUUAUUCGUCGUUUGCAUCAGUUCACUGAUUCAGUGAUCAAUCAACGUCGCGAACAACUUCGAAAAGAACAACAGCUAGGCGAGAUUGCAUUUGAUAUCAGCGAAAUUGAUAUGUACUCGAAACGUAAACAAACUUUUCUAGAUUUAUUGCUUAAUGUGACUGUGGAUGGAAAACCUCUGUCCAAUUUGGACAUUAGAGAGGAGGUAGACACAUUUAUGUUCGAGGGACACGACACGACUACAUCCGGAAUUUCUUUUACAAUUAUGCAGCUUGCAAAGCAUGCGGACAUCCAACGAAAAGUGUACGAAGAAAUUGUUUCCAUCCUGGGAAAGGAAAACUGCAAGACUGCUCCAUUGACGUACAAUAGCCUGCAGAACUUCACCUAUUUGGAUUUGGUUAUAAAGGAAUCGCUACGACUUCUCCCUCCAGUUUCAUUCAUUGGCCGGCGUCUAGUCGAGGAUACCGAGAUCAACGGUGUUACUGUACCCGCGGGAGUAGACGUUACCGUGCCCAUCUACGUCAUUCAUCGAAAUCCGAAGGUGUAUCCAGAACCGGAACGAUUCGAUCCGGAUAGGUUUGCUGAUAGUGCGGUUAAUCUACGCGGUCCUUACGAUUACAUUCCAUUCAGUGUUGGUUCGCGGAAUUGCAUCGGCCAGCGGUACGCGCUGAUGGAACUGAAAAUUACCAUCAUUCGGCUGGUGGCAAACUUCCAAAUUCUGCCUGGAGCGACGAUGAAGGAUAUACGGUUUAAGACGGACUUGGUGCUCAGGCCCGACGGUGGAAUACCGAUUAGAGUGCUUAAGAGGUCUUGAAUUAAUUUCAACGAGCUAUGCGUUAGAUAGUCUUUAUAAGUCGGAGUGUAAAACUAAUGAAAAAGAUUUGCUG